AGUGUCUAUUGAGUUCUUUGGUUUUAGAAGGUUACUUAUAGAUGUACCAAGUGUUGAGCUGAGAGAAAAUUGUCCCGUUACACAAUUUUCUUUAAGCUUCCCAAAGACGUCUGGUUUAUUUUCUUUCUGAAUCAUUGAUUACCUCAGAAAGUUAAUGUCGAGUUAAUUUGAGCACUUUGGAUCAAAACAAGGUGGUGAUUCCAUUAACGUUGGGUGGGGUCGGUUGUGGGUGUUAACUUGAGCAUCUUGUUUUGAUUUGGUUGGUUGGUUGUAGGUAAUCUUAACCACCCCUGAUCUUAAUGGAACUGCACUGCCCCCUUUAAAUGAUGAUUCUUACAUUAAACAACCACUGCCAGGUUACCUCAAAUGAAUUUUCCUAUUGAAUAAUUGGGCUCAGUGUAGUUUUCCAUCAGAGUUGUCAUGCUCUGGUAAUUCCAGUUGAAAAUACUAAGUCAACUUUGGGAAACAUCUGAGGCCUGAGAUAAGUUGACUUAGGACAGUGCUCCAUGGCUUGGGGAAGAUGCCAUGCCCUGAGUGGAGGGUCUGCAUGUUACAUGUGUGUGGCCUGCCGUUGGGAGUUCUUGCAAGUGGGUUUCCUAGCAGCAGACCUUUGACUGGGAAGUGUUUGCGCAACCUUCCCCUUUAAACGUAGUUAGAAGUGGAACUGGCUGGUUCUGUAAAACCACUUAACAAGACUGCUAGGCACAUGUUGUUGAAACUGACAUUUUUCUAAAUCAUGUGUUUUAUUGGUUUAACUUGUAAAUAUGUAGCAUAAUUCAGUAUGGGUCUCUUUUUAAGCUUCUUACAGUGAUAUGGACAUUAAGAUACAUGUGAUAUAUUAGUCUACUAACUUAAACAUGGUUUGUUUUUUCAGACAACUUGAUUUUAAGAAGAACGGUACAAUGUAAGGUUUCAAGUCUGCCUGAUCCAGUUUAAAGCAGAAGGGCUAAAAAGGAUUUUAUUCCCUUAAAAGAAGGAUCGGAAAAGAGCAAUGUUUUAAGCUAUUGUAUUAUGUAAACAGAGAUCCCACCAAGAAAAUGUAAAUCUGAUAGGUGUCCAUGACAGUUAGGAAACCCAUUUGAUGUGCUUGUUUCCUACAAGACCUGAGAGCUGGAUGGACUGCAUACAACCAUCUUGAUUCAAAACAUCUAUCGUAAUCCCCAAAACAGUGCACAGACGGCUGACGGCUCACACUACCAUUGCCCUCUUGAACAUUUACCGUAACCCUCAAAACUCUUCCCAGUCUGCUGACGGUUUGCGCUGUGCUGUGAGUGAUGUCGAGAUGCAGGAACACUAUGAUGAGUUUUUUGAGGAGGUCUUUACAGAAAUGGAGGAGAAGUACGGAGAGGUCGAGGAGAUGAAUGUCUGUGAUAACCUGGGCGAUCACCUGGUUGGAAACGUGUAUGUGAAGUUUCGCCGUGAAGAAGACGCGGAGAAAGCUGUGAUUGACUUGAACAACCGCUGGUUCAACGGGCAGCCCAUCCACGCCGAGCUCUCCCCGGUGACCGACUUCCGGGAAGCCUGCUGCCGCCAGUAUGAAAUGGGGGAGUGUACACGAGGCGGCUUCUGCAACUUCAUGCAUCUGAAGCCCAUUUCCAGAGAGCUGCGGCGGGAGCUGUACGGGCGCCGGCGCAAGAAGCAUCGAUCGAGGUCCCGGUCCCGGGAGCGCCGCUCUCGGUCUAGGGACCGUGGUCGUGGCGGCGGUGGCGGCGGAGGUGGCGGCGGUGGGGGACGGGAACGGGACAGGAGGCGGUCAAGAGAUCGGGAGAGAUCUGGGCGAUUCUGAGCCAGGCCGUUUUUACCGUAUGUCUGCUAGAAAGUGUUGUAGUUGAUUGACCAAACCAGUUCAUAAUGGGAAUUUUUUUUAAAAAACAAUUUAAAAAAAAGAUGGGUUUCUGAAUAAAAUUUGU